UCUUCCUCUUAUCUCAGACUCAAUUAACAAGACAAGAGACUAGGCAAGAGUGAGAGAGUGUGCAAAGCAGAGCAAAAGGAGAAGAAUAACAAAGGGAAAUGCUUACUGCCACUCACCAUUCCACAACAACCUUAAUAUUCACUCCUCCUCCUUCAUAUUCCAAACAUGUUUCAGAAACUGGGUUGUCCAAGAACUUGAGUGUGAGUAAACCAAGACCAAGGUACAGAGCAAUGAAUCAUGGCAGCAGUAAAGUUGAUUUAGAAUUGGGUCCUCCUGUAGGGGAAAGGCUUUAUCUUGGAAUGGACUUUGGAACAUCUGGGGCAAGGUUUGCCCUCAUUGACAAACAAGGCAAAAUUCAUGCUGAGGGAAAGAGAGAGUACCCUCUCUAUAUGAGUGAAGAAAUAAUGGAUUGGGCAAGGUCAUGGAAAGCAACACUUUUCUUGUUGCUAGAAGAUGUUCCAUCUCAUCUCCGCGAAACUAUAGCUGCCAUUUCCAUUGAUGGGACUUCUGCAACUACUCUUAUUAUAGACAGCAAUACAGGAGAACCAUUAUGGAGACCUUUUCUCUACAAUGAGAGUUGCCCUGAUGCUUUACCCGUUGUCAAGUCUAUUGCUCCAGAAAAUCAUACGGUUUGCUCUAGUUCCUCAACCUUGUGCAAGCUUGUCUCUUGGUGGGAGAGAGAAGCCGGUUCAAACAAAAAAUCUGCUGCUUUGUUGCAUCAAGCGGAUUGGUUGCUGUGGCUUCUCCAUGGAAAAAUGGGAGUGUCUGACUACAAUAAUGCCCUGAAGGUCGGAUAUGAUCCCGAGCUUGAUGCCUAUCCAUCAUGGCUGCUAUCUCAGCCUUAUUCUGAACUUCUACCUUCAGUCAGAGCUCCUGGAACUUCAAUUGGUCAUUUAAAAGAUAACAUUGUAUCAGAAUUUGGUUUUGCAAAAGAUUGUGAUGUAUGUGCAGGAACCACUGAUAGUAUAGCAGCCUUCCUUGCUGCUCAUGCCACAGAACCAGGGAAAGCUGUAACUUCAUUGGGGUCAACACUUGCCAUAAAACUAAUGAGUACUACAAGGGUUGACGAUGCGCGUUUUGGGGUGUAUAGUCAUCGCCUUGAUGAUAAGUGGCUCGUUGGAGGUGCUUCAAAUACUGGCGGAGCUGUUCUUAGACAAAUUUUCAGUGAUGAGCAAUUGGUGAAGCUUAGUGAACAUAUCAAUCCCAUGGAAGCCUCUCCUCUAGAUUAUUAUCCUCUUACAACAGCUGGUGAGAGAUUUCCAGUGGCAGAUCCAAAAAUGGCUCCAAGGCUACAUCCUCGACCAGAAAGCGAUGUUGAAUUCUUGCACGGAAUUCUUGAAUCCAUUGCACGCAUAGAGGCCAAGGCAUACAACUUACUAAAGGAUUUAGGAGCAACUAAGGUAGAGGAAGUGUUUACAGCAGGAGGUGGUUCCAAAAAUGAGAAAUGGACUAAGAUAAGAGAGAGAGUACUUGGUUUGCCUGUGAGUCAAGCAACUCAAACUGAGGCUGCCUAUGGGGCUGCAUUAUUGGCCUUGAAAGGUUCAUUUAGAUCUUCAGGUUCACUUUGACUUGGAUUGUUACCUCAUGGUAUAAAAGCUUUGUUAUACCAAAAAAAAAAUUGAAAUAUGAAAUCAUGUAAUGAUUAUUCUCUUGUGCUUGACUUUGUGAAUGGGGUUUUGAUGGUUUCUUCAGGGCGCACAUUGAUUAAGCCUUCAGGCAUUAGCUUUCACCAAA